AUUCCUUCAAACUUACCAAAUGCUAUUCCUACACAAAUUAUACCCAAUCCUACCGCGGCACCAGCUCUUAAUUCACCACAAGCUGCAUCAAAUGCCAAUGCUGCACCAGCUGCGACUAAUAAUAAUUCUCCGCCCAAUUCUCCACAAUUUACUGUAAUGCCUACUUCCGCUGUUGUAACUAGUGUAGGAUCAACAGUUGCAACAGUAUUUAACAGUCAACAAUCUAGUUUGCAGUUGACAACAUAUAGUGUUACAAGUGUUUAUACUACUAGUUUUUUGGUUUCCAAACAAAUCGAAAUUCUUACUGGAACUUUUAAUUAUCCAAAAAAUACACCAACAAGCACAUCUGAUAAAGCAAAUGGUAAUAAAGAUGGUAGUGAUGAUUCAUCAGAUAGUAGUCAUAUUAUAGGCCCAAUAUUAGGUGCAAUAACAGCUACUGCAUCAUUGGCUUUUAUUAUAGCUUUAGUUCUUAUUAGGCGAAAAAGAUGUACCUCAGGACACUAUAAACUUAAUGAUGAUUUUGAUUCAGGAGAAUUUAACGUGCAUGAUGAUGAUAUACUUAAACAACCAGAAAUGGCACAUAUUGAUACAUAUAGCGAUAUUAUAGACCUUGGUUAUGGUAGCAGUAAUAGUAGUGAUGGUGGCACUGGUGCCGCG